UUGAUCAUCACCUUAAACGAUUGUUUGAAGAAUUAUUGCAAAAGACAGCAAAUCCAAAUAACAUAUUGAGAGCUCUAGAAGUCAACAAUGUGUGUGAACAGCAAGAUGCAGCAGAAUACUUUGAAAGGAUCUUAAGAAAGACCAGUGAAAAUGCAUCAAAGAUCUUUCAUGGACAGCUGAGUCACAGGACCACUUGUUUAAAAUGUCAGACAGUGACUGACAGUGAAGGUCCGUUCUGGCAUCUUCCUCUUGAACUGGAAGAUUCACCUGGUAGAAACUACAGCGUGGAGAACGGCAUCAAAAGGUUUUUCACACCGACUAAAUUCAAUGGAGAUAACCAAAUGUACUGUGAUGAGUGUGAUGCUAAAGUUGAUGCUACCAGAAAAUAUGUAAUAACUGAUCAUCCAGAUGUUUUGCUUCUGAUGCUGAAGAGGUUUGACUUCAGCUAUCAGUGGAUGUCAUACAUCAAAAUCCACUGUAAGGCUGAUGUUCCUCACACCAUCAGGAUACCAGAGAAUCAGACAUAUGAGCUUUAUGCAGUUGUGGAGCAUUCUGGUGAUUUAAGAGGAGGACAUUAUCAGGCAGUGAUCAAGUCCAAGGAUGAAGGAGAUGAAUGGUUCGUCUUUGAUGACAGAUUUGUCAUGAAGCUUAGCAAAAGUCCUUUCCCUGACAAUAUGGACGUUGUACCGUAAGUGUUAAAGAGAGAUGACUGUUGUUUUUAUUAUACUGCACAAAAGAUCAAAUCACAAAUUUUCACCUUUUACCAUUUACCUG